UGCCGAGCUACUGUUUAUUUAUAUUUCGCACACAAACACCCGCAGCCCUUUCCUGUUACCUGACACCACAGCGGUGCCAGUCACGAGACGAAAUCCAACACCGGCCGGUUUCUACCCAGAGCUCCGCGCAGGGCCGCGCAGGCGCACUAGCGCCGUCUGCCACCAGGAAGGAGAAAGGGAUUUAAACCUGGAGCAAUCCGAGGCGACCUGGGAGAGGUUGGGGAUUAGGGAGGGCAGGGAAACUGUCUAGAGAGAUUUUUUUUUUAAAAAAAAGAAAACAACAACAACAUAUCUGUGGAGUUGUUUUUGUGCCACAAGAGCAGAGACGAGUUUGCUUAGCAGGCUGAGCCGGGACCGCAGAAGUGCCAGUGAAGUUACCGCCGGACUCUUGAGCCAGAAAUAACUGGAGACGGGAGAGGGGGAGCCGCGUUCCCUCUCCUUAAAAAUAACCCCCGAAGUGCUUCUUUCCUGCAGCGGCGGGGCCGGUGACCUCGCGAGGGCUGAAGGUUUGGCCGGUCCUGCUCCGGGGGGGGUCCCUGCCGAGCCCCCCCGCUACGGCUCGCGCCUCGGAAUGCUCGUGAGCUCAAACGACAACAACGGCGCCUGAGUCUCGAGCGGCGCGGUGCUCCCGCGGACGCGCACGGGGAACCCAGGGGCCGCGUCCCUUCCCGGAGGGGUCGGCGUGAACUCUUCUUCCCCCACGGCGUGGAGCUCUUUAUGGGGGGUCCGGAGUAACUGACCAGUCAUGGGAGGCUGCGUGGGAAGAGAGCGGGGGAGCUCGCAGGGGUCAGGCCGGAGCGGGGCGAGGAAGCGUGGAGGUCGCAAUGAGCCGCUGAAGAAGGACAAGCCCAAGUGGAAGAGUGAUUACCCAAUGACAGAGGGGCAGCUGCGCAGCAAGAGGGAUGAGUUCUGGGAUACAGCGCCAGCCUUUGAGGGGCGCAAAGAGAUCUGGGAUGCUUUAAAAGCAGCUGCCAUUGCAAUUGAGUGCAACGACCACGAGCUGGCCCAAGCAAUCGUGGACGGAGCCAGCAUCACACUGCCUCAUGGGUCCUUGACGGAGUGUUAUGAUGAGCUGGGGAAUCGGUACCAGUUGCCAGUGUACUGCCUAGCCCCUCCAGUCAACUUGAUUACAGAGCGCAGCGAAGAGGAGCCUGUGGAAAACCCAGAGCCACUGGUCAUCCCCAAGAAGGAGUUCCAGCUCAAGGUGCGUCUGUCCACAGGAAAGGACCUGCGCCUCAGUGCCAGCAUGGCAGACACCAUCGGCCAGCUCAAGAAACAGCUCCAGGUCCAGGAAGACAUCAGUCCAGCACAUCAACGCUGGUUCUUUUCAGGGAAGCUUCUCACAGAUAAGACCCGCCUACAGGAAACCAAAAUCCAGAAAGAUUUUGUAAUCCAGGUGAUUGUAAACCAACCUGCCAUAACCAACUGAGUCUGCUGUCUGAGGGCCCAUCCAAGAUCUCUCUGGAGAGCGAAGUUAAAAGACAGAGACUUUUUACCAGUUUUCUUUGUUAGUGUGUUCAAUUAAACACAAAAGUGAAAUGUAAAAAUGUACUGGCCUACAGAAUUAGCCUCUCAUCAUUUGAUCCCCAAAGAGAUGUCUGCAAUGUGGCUGAAUGUUCUUACAAUGGAGGCUUUCAAGGUCAAAGAUUUACUAGUGUACAUUGCAGUCCGGAGUGCCCUUCUUGUAUGAGACAAGGCUGAAAUGCAUAAUCGUAUUAUAAAUGAAAAAUAUAAGUGAUGAAUAUGGCACAAUUGUAUACCGCCCAUGCCUAGCUACUGGGUGUUCAAAAAGUCUAAAAAUAAUGUUUGUGUGACCUGGAGUAAGGCAUGGGAUAGAAAUGCCGAUCUUGCAGCAAGGAGCCCAAAGUCCUUGCACAGCUGUGCUUGCAGGCUGUCAAGGGAAAUAUGAGUUACAAGCACAUUAGUCAGUCCCAGGAAACUGCAGAGCAAAGUUGAAAAAGUGUUCUCUGGAACUGGGAAUCUGACUCUUCCUUGCUCCAGGUGUGAUUCAAUUUUAAUUAAGAAACUGUUUAGCUUUUUGCACACUGAAAUGUAGAUGUGUGCCUUUAAGAAAAUGGAAUUCUGGAAUGCUGGAGUUACUCACUAGGUAAGAUUCAGGAAUUGCAGUAGGUUCCUGUACAGACAUGACAUAGUUGCCUUUAAUUAAUGACUACAUUUUAAUCAUCAGUAGAGUAAAUUAUUUCCAGUGUGUCCAGAUCUUAUGAAAGGUAUCACUCCCCUUAUAUUUAAUGCUUUGGGUUUACCUAUAGUAGUUUUCCAUGCUUUAUAUUCUCUUUCCUGUUAAACACUUGGUGCCAGAAAGGACCUAUAGAGAGCAGACUACAUUUCUGAGAUGGAGAGACUCAUGGUAUAUAAGGUCAGUUUCUGAUAAGCUGUUAUUUUAAAGGUGUGAUGUUCAAUAUGCAAGUUAAGAUCAUGUAAUUAUCACAUUAUCCCAAACUGAUCUCAGCAAGGUCUUUGCAUCAAAGUGCUUUACUUACACCUUUGUGAAAGCCAGUUAUGCAUUGUUGCAAGGUUUAUUAUAUGAGUUGACUAAGUUGGUUGGUUCUGAUUGGUAAAAAAUCAGAGCAGGUUCCCUAGUGGCGUACCUCCUAAAAUGCCAGACUCUGUCAUUUGCUGGUCCAUUUUUAUUCCCAGGUCUAAAGAAUCACAGAUCUCCUCCAUCUCUAAUGAAGGAUAACUAAUGAGGAUUUAGCUCUUUUUUUACUCUCCAUUGUGACCUCUGUGAAGUACAUAACUGGUGAGGCUAGAGGCACAUCCUCUAAGCCAAACUCCACUUCUUUGACUCACUCCUGAACAUGGCUGACUCUUCAUCAUCUGACAAGAAGUUCAGGGACAUUAGUGUUUGCAGUUGCCAGUGGACAGUUGAGGUAGGUCAUAGGAGUGAACUGGGUAUUCCAAACUUAAGGACAAAAGGUUUGUUUAGCCUAAUUGUUUUAAAUCUUUUUUUUUUCUUUCACAAAUAUUCAUAUAAAGUUAUUCGUAGACCUAGACCUUUAAAUUAAAACCCAUGGUGGUCAACCGUCUUGUGGUUCUGUAUCUUUAUCCCAAAGAUGCUGGCACUCUUCAAGAAGUGCAGUAAGUUUGUGAGGUUUUUCUUAUUAGGUCAUUUUUCUGCAUGGGUUUCUUUGGAAUCUUUAAUGUUCAAUAAGAACUUUAACUUAUCACAAGGAAGAUUUGCGGUAUGCAUAUGUUGUAUAUGAUAGUGACCUUCAAACCAGGGUUAAUUAAUCAUUGCGUAGUACUACAGUACAUAGACAAUAACAGUUAAAAAUGAAGAAGUAGUUUCCUAGUGGACAGCAUUAAUAAAGUCACGGGAGCAAGGGGUGACUAGAAUUAACAUAAUGAAAUAAUCAUACUGAAGUGGCUGUUGCUAAUUAGUGCAAUCUUAGACAACAUUGCAUUUAGAAUUUUAGUGUACAGAACAGCACAAUAUUUAAAUAGUGGCAAGCUGCCACAUACAGUGUAAGGGUUGAGGGUACUGCAUGGUACAGCCACGAUCUUUUCGUCUUCUAACUCUGAAGUACCAUUGUGUGGUUUUUCAUGGUCUUGGUUAUCAAACCAUUAGGAUUUAGAUUGUAAUAACAUGUUUUCCAUCCUUUUUAGCAUCACUUCACUUGCUGGAGCACUGGUCUCACUUGCAGUCCUGCAGGAGCCCAUUAAAAUACUUGAUUAACCAGUGUUCUGUUUUUCCUCCAGGAAACUUGUGAUUUCCUCGUUUGCUUCACACAGCAUUAAAAUUCCUUUGUAAGAAUGUAUUUUGUCUGAGUGUGGGAUUGGGGGAAUUAAGUUCUAAUGAAAUAAGUUUCAUUCUUUGCAAAGGUUUAUGAACGGUGUCUUCUGUGUUGAGCUAUGGAAGUGUUGCAUUUAUAGUGUCAUGCUUCCAGACACAAUGCAGGUGAAGCCAGGUUUGGCAUGGGACUAUAAAGCCAUGAACAUAUUUGUAGUGACUUGGAGGAGACUGGAUUAGACUUCUUUGUCCAGAACCUGGAAACCAAGAAGCCAUCUUAUUUUCACUGGGCUAUUAUUUGCAAGUAUAAAAACACUGGCUCAUAAACUGAUAAAACAUGCAAAUUCAACAAGCAUAUCCCAUGACUUCCAAGAGGGUGUAAAUAUAUAGAAAUCUGUAUAUUUAGAAACUUUAAAAUAUAUAUUCUAAGAUAGGAAAUGAGAUAAUUUAAUAUGCGUACAAUUUUAUUUUACAGGUGAUGUGUACAUUUAUAAGCAGAUUUAAUUUUCAUCCUUGUUUUUUUUAAACUUGUCAAUUAAAAUGGAAGAUUGUGA